GCCCUGGACCCUGGCUGGGGGUGGCGUUGGGGGUGGCGGAGGAGGAAGGGCUGGCAUCUGCGCGGGCCGGGUCCGAGUCGCCCUCUCCUGGCCCCUUCUUUCUCCACACCCCCUCCCAUUUCAGUGCAGGGAAAGGGGUGUGGCGGCCUUUGCUGGGGAAAUGGCGGACGAUAACGGGGGAGGAGGGGGGAGCCCGCGUUUGGAAAGUCGGGAAGGUGUGAGAAAUACUUUAAAGUCAAAGGCUGAAAAUGCAGAAAAGCGGGUAUUAGGACCUGUGUUCUCAGUGCUGAUCCAUCCACCACACUUUCAGUUCUCCAAAGCCAGCUGUCUUUCCGACCUUCUGCCAGACUGUCCAUCAAUCUCCGUGGAAGGAGUACUGACAACAGAAGACGAGGGAAGAAGUAGAAAUUUACCUGACGUUGGUAGAGAUUCAUCACAAGGGAGCUACAGGAGCCCGGGAGAGGCUGAAGAGGACUGCGCUCCACCAUUACUCACCCUGGCCCUAAGAAUCCUCCUCAGUCAGGUGGAACAAGGCCCUCUCCUGUCCUGUCCAAAGGCUGGCACGGACUGGAGCAUGGGCCGGGCUCGGGAAGUGGGUUGGAUGGCAGCAGGACUGAUGAUUGGGGCUGGUGCCUGCUACUGUGUUUACAAGCUAACCAUAGGAAGAGAUGACAGUGACAAGUUGGAGGAGGAGGAAGAGGAAUGGGACGAUGACCAGGAGCUGGAUGAGGAAGAACCUGAGCUUUGGUUUGAUUUCACAACUAUGGCUCGGCCCUGGAGUGAGGAUGGGGAUUGGACUGAACCUGGGGCCCCUGGUGGCACUGAGGACAGGCCCUCAGGUGGGGGCAAGGCCAACCGAACACACCCAGUAAAACAGCGCCCAUUCCCCUAUGAACAUAAAAAUUCUUGGAGCACUCAAAGCUUUAGAAAUUUCAGGUGUGUACUUGACCUCUCUAAGUGUCCUUUCAUUCAGGGAAAAAUGUGGUUUGCUCAGCCCAAGGAUGCUGGUUUUUCAUUUAGUACAAUUAGUUAUACUAAUGCCAUUUACUACAGAAUCCAAUUUUUCCCCAUAAUUAGGGUCCCAGUUUCCAUGUCUAGAACAUGA